UUUAAAAUUUAAAGGGAUUCAAAUAGAAAGACGACUUUGUAAAACAUGACUGCUGAAGCAGCACCGAUACGCAAACUAGAACAGGACGUUAUAAACAGAAUUGCGGCCGGUGAAGUAAUUCAGAGGCCCGCAAAUGCCCUAAAAGAGUUGAUUGAAAACAGUUUAGACGCAAAGUCUUCCAACAUUCAAGUUACAGUUAAGAACGGCGGUUUGAGACAAUUACAGAUUCAAGAUAAUGGAUCGGGAAUAAGGAAGGAGGAUUUUGAGAUUGUAUGCGAGAGAUUCACCACCUCAAAAUUGAGGGAAUUCGAGGAUUUGCAUAAAAUAUCGACUUACGGAUUUAGAGGGGAAGCUUUAGCGAGUAUUUCGCAUGUUGCCCACCUUUCAAUUACAUCAAAAACCAAAGACAAUGUUUGCGCUUAUCACGCAGAAUACAGCGACGGCAAAUUAUGUGCGCCGCCUAAACCGCUCGCGGGAAAUCAGGGCACGAUUAUUUCAGUGGAGGACUUAUUUUAUAACAUGACCGUUAGGAGAAAAGCACUUAGAUCCCCUGCGGAAGAGUACCAAAAGAUAUCAGAUGUUGUAGGCAAAUAUGCCAUUCAUAAUGCGUCAGUUGGGUUUGCUUUGAAAAAAUCUGGAGACAGCAAUGAUAUACGCACUCCUAUUGGUUCAAAUCCCACCGAUAAUAUAAGAAUAAUAUAUGGAAGUGGCAUUGCUAGGGAAUUAAUUGAGUUUGAUAUGGAAAAUGAUCAGCUAAAGUUUAAAGUGAAGGGUUUCAUGACUAACGUAAACUAUUCCACGAAAAAGUUUCAGUUCUUGCUAUUCAUCAAUCAUAGAUUAGUUGAUUGUCAAAGUUUAAAAAAAUGUAUAGAUACAGUUUACCAGACCUACUUGCCAAAAAAUUCGCAUCCUUUUGUAUAUUUGAGCAUGGAGCUUGAUCCCAAUAAUGUGGACGUGAAUGUCCAUCCCACGAAGCAUGAAGUGCAUUUUUUAAAUGAAACCCAAAUUGUCGAAACAAUUUCCACUGCACUGGAGGCUAAAUUGUUAGGUUCCAAUAACUCAAGAAUGUUUUACACUCAGGCCAAAUUGCCUUCGCUGCACUUUGAAACGAAAGAGAAUUUGCGUGAUAAGGCAACCAAAACUGAAAGUCCGAAAUAUACGAUUCGCACAGAUUCAAACGUACAAAAAUUGGAGAAAUUUUUUGGCACCACAGUUAAGAAAAGUGAUUUGAAAUGCCAUGGUAAGGGAGCAGACCUGGACGGCAAUACGAUGUGUGUUCAAGGAGAAUGUUCCCCCGUUUCAAGAAUUGGGCCACAAGAAAAAGGAAACGAACCCGUCAUAGGAAGCGAGAAAAUCGGAAAUAAAGUCACCGAUACGUCGAUGACGGAAGACGAAUUCAACCAACGACAUGAAGACUUUUUGAAAAAACAAGAAAGUUUCGAAGAAGCGAUUUUGAACGAGACCGUAGACGCGGAAGAAAAACCAAAGGAAAUAGGAACAUCCAAGACUAAAGGCGAUUUUGAACAGGAGACGCGACCCAAACUAAAGGCUACCACCUCCUGUCCGGAGGAAGUAUUGGCUUCUCAGGAAGCGAAACGUUCCCAAGUACCACUUAGUAAACAUUUCAUCAAGAAAAUAACGAGGGUGGAGACAAAACUGACCAGCGUUCUGCAAUUGCGCAAGUCGAUAGAAGACAACUGCCACCGGACGUUGAGGGAAACGUUCGCGCAGCAUGUUUUCGUCGGGCCGAUCAGCCCCAAACAGGCACUGAUCCAGUACGGUACUCAGCUCCUGCUGUGCAACACCGCAACUAUUCUCGAAGAGCUUUUCUAUCAGUUGGCGCUGUAUAAUUUUCAGAAUUUCGACAGCUACAGGUUCGAGACGCCAAUGACGGUUGAGGAAUUGGCGCUGAUCGGCCUCGACCUGCCGGAAACCGGUUGGACGGUGGAAGACGGUCCAAAAGAGCAGCUCGCCCGACGCGUCAGCGACAUUUUAAUCGACAAAGGUCAGAUGUUAAACGAGUAUUUCUCGAUGGAAAUCCGACAUGACGGCCAGCUCGGAACUUUACCCAUACUGCUAGCCGGAUACAUACCGGACGCGACGCGUUUGCCGCUUUACCUCAUCCGACUGGCGACUGACGUCAAUUGGGAAACGGAACGAGCGUGUUUCGACACGUUUUGCCGCGAGACGGCCAAAUUUUACGCGCACGUGUCGUCCGAAACGGACGAGAAUGGAAAAGACUGGAAAUGGGUCACAGAGUACCUUCUGUACCCUGCUAUUAAGGAGUAUUUUAUACCUCCGCGGAGUUUCACGGAGAACGGGGCGCUUUUGGAGAUUGCCAGUCUACCAAAUCUUUAUAAGGUAUUUGAACGAUGUUGAAUUAAUAAAACCUUAAGUUGUUUAAGUGUCUUUUUAAACUCGAAUCGCAAUAUCAGCGGAAAUACUUGACUAACACGUGUAGUGCAAGCUCUGGUAUGUAGCGCUCCGUCACAGAACAGCAAUUCACGCUCCGCAAAUAAGCAUUAAAAAAAAA